UCACGCUUCCGGGUGGGGCUGUCUGCGCAGUGAGUCCGCUGGGUGUUCGUGGCCCCCCAGGCUGUUAAUCGCGAGACUGUGCUCGCCGCGGGCGGUACUGCCCCGCGCGCCGCCUGCUCCUUACUGCGAGGCAGGUGGCUUUCCGGCCGGCGCAGGUCCGCCGCGGCUCGUCGGACCCACGGCCUGUGAGCAGCCACGAUGUCGAUCUUCACCCCCACCAACCAGAUCCGCCUGACCAAUGUGGCCGUGGUUCGCAUGAAGCGCGCCGGGAAGCGUUUCGAAAUCGCCUGCUACAAAAACAAAGUGGUCGGCUGGCGGAGCGGCGUGGAAAAAGACCUUGAUGAAGUGCUGCAGACCCACUCGGUGUUUGUAAAUGUUUCUAAAGGUCAGGUUGCAAAGAAGGAAGAUCUCAUCAGCGCAUUUGGAACAGAUGACCAGACUGAAAUCUGUAAGCAGAUUUUGACUAAAGGGGAGGUUCAAGUAUCAGAUAAAGAACGGCACACACAGCUGGAGCAGAUGUUUAGGGACAUUGCAACUAUUGUAGCUGACAAAUGUGUGAACCCAGAAACAAAGAGACCAUACACUGUUAUCCUUAUUGAGAGAGCAAUGAAGGACAUCCACUAUUCAGUCAACACCAACAAGAGUACAAAACAACAGGCUUUGGAAGUGAUAAAGCAAUUAAAGGAGAAAAUGAAGAUAGAACGUGCUCACAUGAGACUUCGGUUCAUUCUUCCAGUGAAUGAAGGAAAAAAGCUGAAAGAAAAACUCAAGCCACUGAUCAAGGUUAUAGAAAGUGAGGACUACAAUCAACAAUUAGAAAUUGUGUGUCUAAUUGAUCCAGGCUGCUUCAGAGAAAUUGAUGAGCUAAUACAAAAGGAAACAAAAGGCAAAGGUUCUUUGGAAGUGCUCAAUCUGAAAGAUGUGGAAGAAGGAGAUGAGAAAUUCGAAUGACAUUCAUCAGUCUCUUCCUCUUUGAAACACUAAAACCUUUCAUUUCCCACGGCCCUGUGUUCUUUCUGUGGUCUGCCAAAUACUUGCUCGAAUUGGUUUGUUUUCUAACUUUGUGUUAAA